UGAACAUUUUUUUUCUCUGUGGCAGACAGAAUAGUUUACAAUUCCCAAAUUGGAACCCUAGCUUUGGCCAUUGUCACCAUCUUUUCCUCCUCUUCUCUGCGCAGCUUUUGUUAUUGCAAAAUAUUGAUCUUCUUUGCGUCUGUAAACCCACAAUUCACGUCACUUCUUCUUAACUCAAUUUUGGGUCCCGCAUCUCUAUAUUUUCUCAUUUGCAGAGAAGAAAAAUCCAAACUUGUGGAUUAUAAAGGGGUUCAUUUUGCUGAUUCUCUAGCUAUGGCCGCUAAGAUUCUUGCAAACUUGAUUGUGAUGGGCGGAGGAAUCUUGGCAAGAGCAGUUGUUCAAGCAUAUCGUCAAGCACUUGCUAAUGCCUCAAAAAAUGGUGUUGCACAAGAGGCAAUGCAAAAUACUAUCCGCAGAGCCAGUAAGGUGAUGACAGAGCAAGAGGCUCGACAGAUUCUUGGUGUUACAGAAGAAACUCCAUGGGAGGAGAUUAUCAAGAAAUAUGACACUUUGUUUGAGAAUAACGCCAAGAAUGGGAGUUUCUAUCUCCAGUCCAAAGUUCAACGUGCCAAGGAAUGUCUAGAGGCUGUUAAUCAAGGCAAGAGUGAGGGUACGCCACCCAGUUGAGAAAACCUUAUAUUUUCACCAUUUUAUAACCCUUUGUAAUCAUUUUGGCCUCCCAAUGUACACGAUCUGUGUUAUCAAAAGUUUGUCAACUAAAAAUUUCAUUACUAUAAAAAAGUUGUACAUGAUUAGUUUGAGAUUGACUAAAAAUAAAGUCUACCUAUAGUACUGAGUUACGGUAUUAUUUUUGACGUGAUCAAAAUUAGAAUGGUAGGCAAUAUUGAUAGUAAUGUGGUAAAAAAACACAGUUGCACGUUUCUUUACGUGAUUGGCCUCAGAAUUUUGGUAUCUUUCAUUUUCA